UGAAAGUUGAAACCCAGCGGAACGAAAUUUGACUCUAUGCUCAAUCAUUGUGCAUAGGGUUGUAGAUGCCGGGGAGAUCAAUGCUCCGUCCGUCGUGCCACCCCAAGAACGUCAGCUUUGCCUUUGUUUUAAUUAACUGAGUCUUGUGAGCUGUUCUGUUCCGUUGGCAUCGAUAUAACAAGCACAUACGGCGGUUGGCAAGGCUGCCUCUCUGUUUUGUGUUGUCGCACCUGUAUUGGAUCUGUUGUGUAACAAAUCUAUACCUACUCUUUAUUUUUUCCCGCUUUGUACCGUAUCAUUCAAGCUCUAGGAGUAGAUAUGAGUAAAAGCGGCUCCCUCCCGCACUUCCAAGCCCUCCAUCCUGGGGGUGACUAGAAGAAUUACAGGCCUUCAGAAAUAAGGGCAAUAAACCUUCCCACCUUCCUCAUGCCAGUUUACAGCAGUACAGUAAAAGUGCAGGAAUAAAGUAGCAAAAUUAAAAUAAAACAGGCCAAGAUCAUAGCUCUUCAUCCACAUCCAUUGACUCGCUCUGCGUCCCGUUUUUACUCGCGUCGAUGGCCAAGGAGGCUUCCUUAUCGAUCAUCUGCCGUGAGACGGCGACGAUGUUGUCCUCGAUCAGUUGCUGGCCAACAUCUUCGAUGUCUGUAUAUAAUAAACCGUAACAGCGAACUGGUUAGUGGGACUAGAGCUUAGAAAAACAAGAGGGGAGAUAAAUGAUAUGCCGAUCCACAUUCCUGCUCCCCUCCUCUCUAAAAUCAUUCAUUUGCAGCGCCUCCGUCCACACAUGUUUAUGAAGGUUCAUCAGCAUAUUCUCCUCCAGUCCGGUCUUGCGGUAGUUGAUGGCAAUGCUGUAAUAGUGGCGAUUUAGGCCAUGGAUAAGCGAUUGAAUAGACGGUUUGUUCAGAUGACCCAGGUUGGAGGUGGUCUGUCGGGGCUCCUGUCCCAUCAUAAGCGUCUGAGAGGAGAUUAAGCGGAAGGCGUCGAUAACGACUUUGCCUUUGACGGACUGUAUAGGGUCGACGACGACGGCUACCGCGCGAGGGGUGAGUUGCUCGAAGGAUUGUUGGGUAUUGAUAUCAACGGAGGAGAGCCAACAACCGAAUCCGGGGUGAGAAUGGUACCAUCCGACGACGGUCUCUGGUCUGUAGCAAGAUUAAGAAGGGCAUUUCCAUCAUCUUGGUCUGAAAGACAGGGUCCACAGCUUCAACACUAACUCCAGUACCGCUCUGAGGCAUCGCGAACACAUCAACGACUCUAACAGUAUAUUCAUCAACGAAAUCCCCUAGCAUGAGACCCAUAACUUCCAUGGGUACACCUGCCCGGCCAUGUCUCAGCAUCUUGAGUAAGGCCAGCGACGAUAUGUGCACUGUUUCUGAGUUAUCGAUGAGGUUGGGUGCAUCCUGAGUAGUCAUGCUGUUAGCUCUUGGAACUGUAAUAAAAGAAAAAUGCCUGGGUAUAAUUAUUGUCGCGAUAGGGCAAUAUAUAUAGAGUGGAUGUUCAAAGAGAGCGCGCCCUUAUUCCAGCCUUUAUCAAGGAAUCAUAUAAAAAGAACGCAAGCAAACCCGGAGGGUGACACAACCGGGCAGAGCAAAACUUACUGCGCCGGGAGCUGCGUUACUCAUACCCAUGCCCUGGGCGGCCUGCAGCAUCCGAUUAAACCGCUCCAUUUUCGCGAUAUUUGUUUGUUGAGUGUGAUCGAAUAUGCGUAGGAGGUAGACAGUGUGAUGUGGCUGUCCCUGGCUGGCUCCGAAGAGAUGGAGCUCCUACAAUAGGCUCCGGUGCUUGCGAAGCUUGAAACUAGCACGUAACAGAGUAGGAAUCGGGAGAGGGUAUGUUCGACGGAGUACUAGAUCAGUGGUUAACCAAGUGGAACAUGGAUGCCGGUGUCUAGGAAGUAAGUCAAGGGCCGAUGAUGGUAGCUGUAGCAGCUGUAGUCAAGCGCUGUGAUGAUGCUCUGUCGCGGUUUUCUGCGCUCUCCCAAAACAUGCAGACCAAAGCGCGCUUAGUCAUCACGCCCCUUCAUCCAAUUCGUUCACUUGUUUCUUGUCUCCGAGCUCUUUCGCCGGCCAUUGACUGAGGUUUGCUCCCUCUCUUUCACUUCUUUAUCUAUCUCCCUCCAUCCCAGCCGCCACGCCCCAACCCCUCUCCACGACCGGCGCUGUUGAUUGUUAUAGGAUGCUGUUGCUUCUGUGCUGCUGACGAUAUCCGAAUACCCUACUUUACUCUCUUCCCUCUGCACGAAGUACAUGCCUUCGAGCUUUGAAUCUUUCUCCUCUCACCCGAUCAUAUAGCUAUAGGCGAGCGCACUUUUCACCAUGUCGUCAUUUGCACCCCUCGACCUGAGUAUCGCCAAUGGCCCGGCCGAUAAGAAGAGGAUUGCGUACUUUUAUGAUUCCGAUGUGGGCAACUAUGCAUAUGUCGCAGGCCAUCCCAUGAAGCCCCAUCGCAUCCGGAUGGCCCAUAGCUUAGUUAUGAAUUACGGCCUAUAUAAGAAGAUGGAAAUUUACCGCGCAAAACCGGCGAACAAGUUCGAAAUGACCCAGUUCCAUACCGAUGAAUAUAUUGACUUCCUCGCAAAAGUUACGCCUGAUAACAUGGAUUCUUACGCGAAAGAGCAAAGCCGAUACAAUGUCGGCGACGACUGUCCAGUCUUUGAUGGCCUUUUCGAGUUCUGCGGAAUUAGCGCUGGAGGAAGCAUGGAGGGCGCUGCACGCCUCAACCGGAACAAAUGCGACAUCGCAGUCAACUGGGCUGGCGGCCUUCACCACGCGAAAAAGAGCGAAGCAAGUGGUUUCUGUUACGUGAACGAUAUCGUGCUUGGAAUUCUCGAGCUGUUACGUUUCAAACAAAGAGUUCUAUAUGUCGAUAUCGAUGUGCACCAUGGAGAUGGAGUGGAAGAAGCUUUUUACACCACCGACAGAGUCAUGACAGUUUCCUUCCAUAAAUAUGGGGAAUAUUUCCCCGGCACAGGCGAAUUACGCGAUAUCGGCGUCGGUGCGGGCAAACAUUACGCCGUUAAUUUCCCUCUGCGAGAUGGUAUUGAUGAUAUAAGCUAUAAGGGAAUUUUUGAGCCGGUCAUUAAACACGUUAUGGAAUGGUACCGUCCCGAGGCAGUGGUGCUGCAAUGUGGUGGAGACAGCUUGUCCGGAGACCGUUUGGGUUGCUUUAAUUUGAGUAUGAGAGGGCAUGCAAAUUGCGUCAAAUACGUGAGGAGCUUUGGCAUUCCAACUAUGAUUGUCGGUGGUGGUGGUUACACUAUGAGAAAUGUGGCUCGAACGUGGUGUUUCGAAACUGGAAUUCUAGUGGGUGAACAGUUGGGGACUGAGUUGCCAUAUAAUGACUACUAUGAGUACUUUUCUCCUGACUACGAACUUGAUGUUCGCCCGUCGAAUAUGGACAAUGCAAAUUCAAAAGAGUACCUCGACAAGAUUCGAAUGCAGGUUAUUGAAAACCUCAAGCGCACUGCUUUCGCCCCGUCUGUUCAGAUGACGGACGUCCCAAGAGGGCCUCUACUUGAUGGAAUGGAUGAUGAAGCCGAUGCCAUUCUAGACGAUCUCGACGAAGACGAGAAUAAGGAUAGGAGGUUUACCAAGCGGCGGUUUGACCAAUACAUCGAAAAGGAGGGUGAAUUAAGUGACAGUGAAGACGAAGAAGAACAAGCUGCGAACGGAAUCCGUCCGCAGCCUGGUGUUAUCAAGCGACGGAACCAGGUCAACUACCGAAAUCUUGACGGAGGUGAUUCUGGCGCUGACAGUGGCCUGGUUACUCCUCGGGAAGAGUCAUCGUUGCCAGACGAAGACGCUGGCCUUGAUGAAAAAAUGGAGGAUGCCGACGAAGCGGAGCCCGAAGCAGAAGUCGAGAUCCAAGACAAGGGGACACCAUCCCCAGAGGAACCGGCAACGCGAUCGGAGUCAAGGAUGGAUGCAGACGACAUAUCCACUAGCGAGCGCAACGAAGCCGUUGUUGCGCCUCCCGCUGCGGAUGAAGAGGAGCCGUCAGAGUCAGCACCCCUAUCAACUAGCGAAUCAAUCGUACCGGAAACCACUACCGACAUGGACACGAUGAUGGAAGAUGCGCCGCCAGAAGAACCGACCACUGCUGCCACCAGCACCAAAACAGAGGCGCCAAAAGUACCUAAAGAGGAGCCGCGUAAAGCAACACCACCGAAAUCACAUUCAGCUGAAGCGCUGCCACCAGCUGCGCCUUUUGAGCCCACACAGCCGGAGCCGGCGGGGCCAUCAGAAACAUCUACACCCGCGGACACUGGAACUCCCCCUGUACCAGCUGCUACGAAGGAGGAGCCUCUGAAGCAGGAGGAGAAGGAUGAUGAACAGCAACUAUAAGUAUGAACUGCUGGUGCGUUUACUAGGACAGAUAACAUAUACACCGUAACGAAACUGGACUUUCGACAAAUUCCCCGUUUGUUCUAUGCUCCGCAUUGACGUAGGCUUAGGCGCUCUGGGCGUCAAAUUGGGAAGGUAUUUCUUUUAAAUUUAUGGUUCCCUUUUGUCUUGCCCUGUAUUAUUUGUAUCUUUGUGUAUGGGAUGAUUUUUCAAAAAGGCGUAUCAGACUUGGAAGUGUGUCCUCCCCAUUUUGUUUUGUUUCAAUAAAUUUCACAUCGGCUCUUCGUUUUAUCACGUAUCAGCAGUCAAACCGACGAUAUCAUGUUAUAAUUAAAAAGCCAUUUUCAGUUAUAAUACAUUAAAUAGCACUAAAUUAUUAUGCACAGAUGUUUGAAGCUUCAUUAUAUGCAGUCUAAUUUAUAUCAUCUUGAAUCUUUCCC